UUUAGUUUGUUCUUACUUGAGCAGUGUAGUGUGUUUAAGGAUGAAGAUCACUUUAGGAAUAGGACUUUGUGUUCUUGCUUUGCAAGUUACUGGCCAAUUUUAUUAUAAGAAUGGACACCAUGUAGACGAAGUGUAUAAGUGGACCAAAGUUGAAUAUGAAUAUUUACCAAAACUAGAAAAUUCAUACAUUGGACCCUAUCGGUAUUACAUACCGGAAAACAACAAUAUUGCUAGUCUUGGAUAUCAUCCAGCUAGUGGAUUGAUGAUAGUGAGCAUUUUUCGCAUGAGACCUGGAGUUCCUACUAAUUUGGGAGCUUUUUGUGUUGGUGAUUAUGAAUUAGGAUCAAGUCCAAGAAUCUGGGGAUUUCCGAAUUACGAAAUAAAUGACCUGCAACCAUCUGAUUUCUCCAUACCAACUGAAGAAGAGAGAGGAGUAGGAGUGUGGAACAAACCAGGAGAUCGCAGUCCAUCAGUGGGAUAUUACUAUAAUAACCCUUAUAAUAGAUUCUCAAGCAUAAGGCCUUUGUCAAUUUAUGGAAGGCCAUUAGAAAGAAUUGUGUCGACAUUCCACAUUACGGUUGACGAAAGAUGUAAUAGAGUAUUCUUCAUGGAUAAUGGACAAGUACAAUAUUAUAAAAAUGCAACCUAUUCUAUUCAGAAACCAGCUCUUUGGGUAAUUGAUUUGCCAGCAAACGGAUGUCAAACUCGUAAUUUUCCUAUUCUCAGACGUACGGUCUUACCUGAUCACAUAGCUGCGCGAGCUUCUAAUGGAUUUGUUCAAGUUACUUUGGAUUAUCAGUCGGACAAUUCAUGUGAAGAUCUCUUUGUUUACAUUACAAACACUUUUUACAAUUUCAUGGUGGUUUAUGACUAUAAGAACGAUGAUUUUUGGACAUUUGACCAUCAAACUUUCCAACCAGUUAUCUCAGAAUCAUAUUUUGUGUUUGAUAAUUAUUUUAAUUACAACGCAAAUUUGGGGUUGUUUUCAGUUGCUCUAGGAUUUCCCGAUACUAAUGGGGACCGUACAGCUUUCUACACCAAGAUAGCAGGUACAGCUCAAUACUCUGUUUCCACGAGAGUACUCAAGAACAAGGCAAAUUCCUAUAUUAGCUUUAAUUCAGAUGAUUUUAGUAUCAUGGGAUACCUAGGAUGUAAUCACCAACCUGUAAAAACUGCCAUUGAUUAUUCCUAUGGAGUGAUGUUUUAUACACAACUCCAAUCGAAUCAAAUUCUCUGCUGGAAUAUUAACAAGCCUCUUAAUCCAGAUAACAUUGGUGUUGUUCAUGAAUUUGAAAAGUUUACCUUACCUAUUCAAAUAUUUGUAGAUUCUGCAGGAUACUUGUGGUUCCAAUCUAGCUAUACUCCAAUCAUAUAUGCAUCAGAUAUACCUUUAGAUCCAUAUCAAGUGUCUACCAGAGUUUUCCGCAUUAGAGUUGAUGAAGCAAUUCGAGGAACCGUGUGUGAAAAUUAAGAAAAAAAAAAUUACAAAUAUGAAAAUAAUCUAUUAUAUUAAACGAAAGGAUGAUGAAAACCGUAAAUCUUUGCAUAAGUGUAGUAAUUACUAACACAGAGGGCCUUUUUAAUGUAAAAAUAACUAAAUAAAAAUCUUUAUACUUCUUAAUAAAAUUUUAAAAAGAUAUGAGGGUUUAGUGUUGAGGACAUAUCAAUAAAGAGCUUUUAUAAAUGGAAA